AUGGCGGAACACGAUCUCACCGCUCGAAUGGGCUGCUUUUUGGACCGGCAUCUAGUGUUUCCCUUGUUGGAAUUUCUCUCUGUCAAGGAGGUAAAUACCUUCUUUAAUUACUGCUUUCCCGUUUUUAGGAUUUUCUGAGUAUAACUUACCGGGCAAAGUCACGUGAAAUAAAACUAGAUACCAAGGAUAAUUCACUUUUAAUUUGUAGAUUGGACGUACACUUUUUUUAAUUAAUCAGUAACAAUUUUUUGCCUUUGUUCGUCUUGAUUAUUAGAUAUAUGAUGAAAAAGAAUUACUUAAAGGGAAGCUCGACCUUCUUAGCAACACAAACAUGGUAACGUAUAAGUUGAAGAGUUUGGCUUUUUAACAAAUUUCGGCCCUGUCUGACUGACGUAGAUGAAAAAUCCACACUCCCCUGAAAGGCCUUUUUUUCCUUUUUACUUUUAAAGAAUCCCACAUGAUUGUAUUUACCCCUAAAGACCUCCAUAAGUUAUUUUAUUAGAAAGUAUGAUUUUGCCUCUGGUGCAUCUUAUUUAGAGGUGAUGGACUUCUAAAUACCAACAAAUCUUAAAAACUCCCUUCGUAGUGUAGGAGUUUAACCUCAAAGAAUCUCGCACUUCUUCAUUCUUAAAAGCUUACCUAAAGAAUAGACUUUCAUUACUUUUAGGGACCGUUGCUUUAUAGAGGAAAAAACUAACUGAAUGCACGAGCAAAAUGAGGAUUAAAACAAGAAUUUAAAAUUACACAACAACAUGAUGAAUGUAUUUGUUGUGGUUCAAUUUUUUCCUUGGUUUAAAUUUUAUUUCCUUUGUUUUGGAGUAUGAUAAUGUGUGAUAAUGAGUUUGAAAAAAAAGGAAACAAAAUUUAAACCAAGGAUAAAAUUCAACCACAACAUAUACACCAAAUGUAGAAUGUAAAACCAGAAAAACAAUAAUCUUAUUUAGUUAUUUUCUGUAUUAAUCUCGCUUGAAUCUACAGUAUAUUGGCUAAAAUCCAAAAAAUUGCUAAGCAAUGUCUCGACUUGAUAUUCACUGCUCUUGGCUAAAAGAUGCAUCAAGAAAUGACCAGUAUUGCACUUGAUUCAUUCUUUGUUAUUGAACCUACAGCGUAAUUUUUUUUUGGCAUAUUAAACAUUUUAGAGCAAUGAUCCCCUAAGGAACAAAAGCCAAAGAAUUCGGCCAGUUUUAUUCCCUACUUCAUAUAAAAUAUUAAUUUUAUGACUGUCCACACUUUAUAUCAGAAGAAUUAACCUAGGUUGGCUGUAGGGAAUGUAAGAAGAGAGAGGGGCUGGGAGAGGAAAAUGGUCAGAGGAUUACACCUAUUGUAGAUGCUAGAAUUUAUUACUCCCCUUCUUCAAAUAUCUACCCUAUCCGAAUUAGCUCCCCUGGAGGAUGAAAUAAAAGUAAUAAUUAAUAAAGCAAGUGCCUCCCCUUUAAAUGCGUACCCCCAACUCCCCCUUGGGUAGGAAUGAAAUCAUUGAAUUUAAGCUAAAGAAGUAUAAUUUUAGGAAACUAGACUUAUGAUAGUAACUGUACUGUGAUUUAUGUUUCUUUUUACAGAAACAUGUAGGUUCUUGUUUACUUUAUUACAAUAUAUGUUUACUUGAAAUAAAUAAAGUUUACAUUUACAGUAAUGCAAUAGAAAUUUGUUAGAUUUGUUUUUCUUUAAACUUUAUGUUUUUAACUUGUUUUCAUAAGAAAAAACUUAUAUUCCAAAACUGCUUUUUGUUAUGAGGUUUGCAGACCUUUCUUUAUACUCUAUAUUUGCUGGUUGAAGUGAUGUAUCACACUCCUGGGGGUUGUUACUUUUAUGAUGCGUUAAAAGUAUGGUUGUCUUUCACAAUCUGUUAUGUAAGUCUGUUAUUGCUUAUUUUAUAGGUUGAUUUUGCAAUGGAUGUUUUUAAAAAUCUAUAUCCAGACCAGGAUGUUCCAGAAGGUUUGUUUAUUACUCUUCUGUGUUAGUUUCCUGGCAGGGGCUAUGGAGGAUAACCUAUGACUUGAUACAAAAUACCAAAAAGGCACUGUCACCCAUAUCACAGCACAAUAAUAGGUUACCAACAAAAGUUUCCACAACAACAACAAGCUGAUAUUAUAAUUAAGCAUCAGAAACAGAAGUGCUCAACCUAUAGUUUAUUUUGGCCAGAUACUGACCAGAAAACACCUUAACUACUGGCUUCAAAAGGUGUUUUUUGGUAACAUUUCAAGGAGAAAAUGAGUUAAACAGUCUUGUUUGAUGAAAUAAUGUAUUAUGUACAUUGAAGACACAGUGUAUGCUGUAAAAAGAAUAUGGAGAGCAUUGGGUAGUUUAUCAGUUAAAUGCAGUCAAAGCUGUCCUACUCACUUGCAAGUAGCCCUUAGUAGUUACAACCAGUAGUGUGAAACCUACAAUCCUUGUCAUCAUUGUUGAGACAGAUUUUUGUCCUCCUUUGUUGAUGUUCAUGAGGUAUAUGUCCAAGCAAAACUGUGAAACAAGCAUUGAGAGGAAGAGAGGAGAGCCCUAUAUGUGCCUAUACUCUCUUGUGCCUAUACUCUCUUGUGUUUUCUAGAAAUGUUUCAAGGAAUUUUGACCAUGAUUGAAGUUUGAAUUUUGAGUUUAUGUCUGUGAUGAAAAGCCUUCAUAAUCCAUGGUUGACCUCUUUUAUGAAAUACUUGGGAGGUCUUUUCCUCUGUUUUGAAGUCGCCAUAAGGGACCAUUUAGUCAACAGUUGAACAUUUACUUUUUGAUUAAAUUUAGAAUAAUACAGAACAUACGGACUAGUGGUUUGUUGACCUGAACAUAUGCCAAUUAAACAUAGUAACAGAUAACUGAAAAAAAAAUCUAUUCAAUGUAAUUUAUUAGUGAAGUGCCAUUCGUAAUGAUUAACAUAUACCAAGCUAUUUGCUUAAAGUUAUCAUAAGUGACUAAUGUUAAUACAUGUAGGUGUAUCACAUGGUUGCUUACAAGAGCCCAUUCUUGUAGAUGACUAACUAUAGAACUUUGCAACCAGUUAAUUUCUGCGGUGGCUGCUUGUAAGAACUUUGACUGUAUUAACAUGUUUGGACAGUGGCACCCACCACACAAUAAGAACUACUAGAUACUUUGCACAUUACCACUCCUUCUCAGAUUUAAGUGAUCCUUAAAUGGAACAAAAUGAUGAUUUUUUUGUUGUUUUUGUCUCUUUAGAUCUUGUACAAAAAAGAACAGAAGUUGUCACACAGUUAAAGUAUCUUCAGGCUCAGACUGAACCUAUUGUCAAAUGUUUUGAAGAUCCAGAGUUCAACAAUCAGAUACAGACAACAAGGUUAAAAGAUUAUUUUUUAGUUACUUGAUGACUUGAGUUUUCUUAUAACUUGAAAUCAGAAAAUUUAAUUUCAUCGAUGCUUUUAAUAUUGUUCAUUCUUUGCUUUGUAGGGAUGGGAGAUCACUCUUCGAAUACCUUGAAAAAAACCAUGGUGUAAGUUCAUUUUUUUUAUGUCAAAUGGGUAACACUGAACAGGGUGCCCAAAAGAUCCACUUUCAAGCUUACCCCUUUAUUAGUAGGCAUGCUUUGCCUUUGAUUUACUGAUACUUUAUUGACAUGUAACUUUCCCUACAUUUGAUGUAGAAGAUUAGAAUAUCUCAUAAUAUUUAUAUAUAUCUUGUCCAUUAUUGAAGAAAAGGAUAAAGUCAAAUAUUCAGAGAGAAAGAUUUUCCUGAGGCUAUCAGAUGUAUCUCAUAGUGUAGUAUAUCAGUAACAAUAGCUGUUACUAAUAUCAGCCUGGAUUUUAAUGCUUAUGUUGUGGUUCAGUUUUAUCCUUGGUUUAAAUUUUAUUUUCUUUUGUUUCAAAAUCAUUGUCAUACAUUACCAUGCUCAAAAACAAAGGAAAAUAAAAGUUAAACUAAGGAUAAAAUUGAACCGCAACACAUACAAGACAAUUUAUAUGAAUCAAGUUUUAUUAAAUUCUGAAUUUUUAAUGUGUUUGCUAUUUGCAGAUUAAGCCAGAAAUGUUGGACACAUUGUAUAAAUAUGCAAAAUUUCAGUAUGAGUGUGGAAACUACUCUGGUGCUGCUGAGUAUCUGUACUUCUACCGUGUGCUUGUGAGUUCCUAGUUUCUGUUUUUAUUCUAUUUGCUUUUGCAUUGUCUGAUGUCUUCCCAUCAAUUCAUAACAUACAUCAAAAGCAGAGCCCCUCAGGGUGGAUCCAGGAAAUUUUUUAUUGGCUGAUCUAACCUGUAAAGCCUGUUAAAGCUGUUUCACUGCUAAUAAUUUUCUUUCCUCCCUACAACAAUCAUGGACAAAAGUCUUGGGACACUUUUGCAUUUCUGGGCAUUUCCAAUUCACACAGGUCCAACCCCUCCCCUCACCCCACAAACAAUGUUGGAUGCAUGUAUCCAGAAUUUUUUCUGAAUUUCAACUUUGUAUAGGGUGGGGGGAGAACUGCAAGAAAAAUUAAUUUCAAAAAGGAUGCACUGUUUAAUGAGGGAACCCAGAAUGACAAAAAAAAAGAAUAUUGCAUUGCUCUCCCAAGGACUUCUGUCCAUGAUUGUAGAUAAUAAUAUUAUUACAACAGACAAUGUCAAUGUCGACUCGUACUUUCAUGAUCGGUGGUACAUGUCAGACACAGCUGAUAAAGACAGUUCAUAGAGGACACAGCUUUGAACAUUCUCGGUGCUCUGCUUGUGAAAGAGCAUCAUCACAGCUUUUUAUGACUAUGAUUUCAAAACAAAAUUUGAAAUCAAUAAAUGUUCAUAUUUUUUACUACAGGCCACUGGUAACGAUGAUAGAAAUACAUUAAAUGCUCUUUGGGGUAAAUUGGGCUCAGAAAUCCUCAUGCAGAAUUGGGAAACUGCGCUAGAAGAUCUAAACAGACUCAAGGAUGUCAUUGAGAGUAAUGUAAGUGGUACCUUAAUAACUUCAUUUUUUCAUCUCUAUCUUUUCAAUAUGAAAACCAAUAAUUUUUCCAGUGGAUAGCAUUAUCUCCCCUUUAAUUAACUGGGGCCUAAUAGUAGAUUGUGUUGUUUAUGUAGUAACCACACAAUAAAUCUUAUUUUAGUUAGUUACUCUUUGCAGGAGCUGAAUUCAACCUAAUAUGGGCAAUUUUAAGUCAUAAUACCGGGCUGCAAAUGACGGCCGGUCAACGGACAAUGUCCGGUGAAAAAUAGGUUUUGUCCGGUCAAAUCCUUAGAUGGCCGGACAAUUUGUCCGGUCGUCUACGCUGGUAAGGAAAAAAUUUAGAGUUUCAAGUUUUAAAUAUUUAAAGGUUCAAUAUUAUUGGCGUUUGUGAAAAAGGAGGGGAAAAGACGGAUACUUAACUACCAGACCAAGAACUUUUUAGUAGUCAUAAAAUUUCCGGCUGUCGUGGCUUUGUCAUUCACCAAGUCGUCACCGCAAAUUAGCGGGUCUUACAAAUGUGUACCAGUCACAGGUGCGAAUUACUUUAUUAUUAGUCCAUGUGGGUUUUGUAACAGCCAUGAUGUGAGAAGGACAACAAAACCUCUCAGUGUCGAUACAAGGGUCAUGGCACCCUUUGUCUUCAAAAUUUAAGAGUGAAAAUAACAAUAACAAGAAAGCAAGUUUACAUUCAUUUGUCUACUCGUCGACAUUUCCGUGUUAAUCACUUAAGCUAUAAAUACCACGAUUAACUAAACAUUCUAUUUUCCAGGGAAACAAACCUUUUUAGCAGUAAAUUCACAUAUGACAACAUGUAAACUUUACCUGGUCUAUCUCAAAUGAUUGACCGCAGAUUUCAUUGUGUUACGUGUCACGCAUGAUGCGUGGGUCAUUUAUAUCAGAAAUAUUUGAAAAAAUUCUUCUCAAACUUGACUGAAGCAAAAAUGCAGUAAGUUUCACCAUUGACAGGUCGAAACACAAUGGAUUAGAAAGAAAUUGUAUUUGCGAUAAUCCUUUAUAAAUGUUGUCAAUGUGGUAUGUAACGACUUCAGUUAAUGAACAUAGUCAUCAACGUCUUCGAAAACCCUUUCCAGUGCAUCCGGGUGUUCCCUUGUUAUAUGUCCAAACUGCGUUUUCGUAAGAUGAUGUCCUCCGAUGUCUUAGCCUGUAAACAGACCUUUUAUUUUUCUUUUCAUUCUUUCCAAAAACGUUGGUGAGCGAAGCGAGCGCUCCGCGCGAGAAAGAAAAAUAAAGAAUAUGUAUAUUUAUCUUCCCCCACCACCACCCCCUUGCGCUGGCGGUCAAUAAAUCCCCUGCGGUUUAUAUUUUAUCACCCGCGCUCAACGGACUGUUAAGAGAAAAUAGAGGGUCUGUGAAAAGGCUACGGAUGUCUAAAAAAACUCUUCCAUUAUUGUAUUUUAAAAAGUUCAAUCAUGCAUCUUAGGGAAAGAGCUUCCCUGUCCUGGCAACACUUAAAAUCAACUAGAUUGCAAGCCUCAGUCAAUUUCAUCAACUUAAUAACUAACCGUAUAUAAGACAUAGAAGUCAAGCAAUAGUAGUAGGCACAAAUGUGAUACUGAUUUUGCUGUACCGUGCGUUCCACUUUUCCUGCAUUGAGAUCGAUGCUCAUGUACAAUAAAUGCUUUGAAAAUUUACUUGUUUCAUAUUUAAACAUCUUGUGAAGGGGUGAGGGGGUACUUUUAUAGCGAUAAGACGUAAUCGAUGUUUGUCCGGCCAAAAAUGGGAUAUGUCCGAGCAAAAAUAGGUUUGACCGGACAAUUUGACUGGCGCCAGCUGGGAAAUUAUUUGCAGUCCUGUAAUAAUAUUGGCUGACACUUGGAAUAAUUACAUACCAUGACAUACGUGGUUGACAGCAUGCUGCCCUGUUCAAAACUAUUUGAAAAUUCUUAGUUAAAGUGUCCCUUAUCUGCCUCUAAGUUACUUCAAGUUUAACAGGGUUUGUAUGGGUCAUGGAAAGCCUGGAAAGUCAUGAAGUUUAAGACUUUCAUUUUCCAGGCCAGGAAAGUUAUGGAAUUUAAUUGUCGGUCAUGGAAAGUCAUGGAAAUUUAAAUUUCUGUUUGGUAGAUUAGUUACUGCUGGUGUCAGAGUUAGGACAAAUUAAGACAGAGACAAAACUUGUAAAUAGAGUGAACAUGAUGCAUUUUGGUGGACUCCAGCAUUUGUGUCUGUUGAACUGAAUUUGGUCAAAAAUACCCUAACACAAGGAAAGGUUUAAAAAUUUUGGAAAGUGACAGCUAAAUCUAAAGUCAUGAAGAACUGCAAGAUGUUAUGGAAUUUGAGUAUAAAGUCAAGGCAAUGAGUUCGAAUUUACUCCAACCAAAUGGAGAUGGAGUAUUUCUCACCUGUCAUUCCCAAUAUUAGAGCCAUUGUUAAAACCUGCCCUUCCCUGUUACACAAUUUACUGUAUUUCUCUCCCGCCCUCUCAUCCCUAACAUUUUUACCCGCCACUCAACCCCCAAACCUGGCGAGGUUCUGCAGUCCACAUAUUUCUGGUUAAUUUUUAAGGUAUGUAUCAUUUUUGACUUCAGACUAAUACUGGAACACUGCAGUUGUUACAAGAGAGAACAUGGUUGAUUCACUGGAGUCUGUUUGUGUUCUUUAAUCAUCCAAAAGGAAGAGAUCUAAUCAUUGAUUUGUUUCUUUAUCAGCCUCAGUAAGUGAUCAUUGUACUUCAUUAUUUUUAGUAUUCAACCUUAUUAACAGAUUUUUAAAGUGUUAGCAGAAGGGGAUGUUUCUGAACAAAUUUGCCAUAAAUAUUCUAAAAGUUGCUCUCUGGUUUUGCAUGCCCUUGCGAAGGUUGGCAGUGCAGUGGAAGGCAAGAAUUAAGCUUGAGAUAUUGAUAACAUUGAAUUGUGAAUUUAGUAUGGUGAAGGGAUUUUUUUACAGUCAAUAUGCACUGAUGUAUAACUGCGUUAACUGAUUAUAUUCUUCUUUUCCACUCAUUUUUUUCAUACAUGUAGGUAUCUCAAUGCAAUCCAAACCACCUGCCCCCAUAUCUUGAGGUACUUAACAACAGCUGUUAUCACCAACAAACGUCGACGAACAGUACUCAAGGACCUUGUGAAAGUUAUACAACAGGAGUCUUACACAUACAAGGACCCCAUCACUGAGUUCUUGGAAUGUCUUUAUGUCAAUUUUGACUUUGAUGGUGCUCAACAGAAGCUUAGGGAAUGUGAAACAGUAAGUUUUUUUGGUUACAUUUGUUGCUUUGUGUUUCACCUUCUGGGUUUUUUGUGCACUCUUUUCUAGCUUUUGAAUACAGUGGUCUCUCAUACAUGUAGCUCCCUGACAGUGGGAGACUUUCUCAUCACUUUGUGUCACAUCACCUGCGACAGGGAGCUAUAGGAGCCAACUGUAUUCAGUGGCUAACACUUCUCAUUCAUUUCCACAGUUAAUUUCAUGGCAACAUGUAUAUGCUGUGGUUCAAUUUUAUCCUCAGUUUAGAUUUUAUUUCCCUUUGGUUUGGGGUAUGGUAAUGUAUGAUAAUGAGUUUAAAACAAAGGGAAAUAUAAUUUAAACCAAGGAUAAAAUUGAGCCACAUAUAAAACCCAACAAAGGACUUCAAAUCAGGGCCCGAAAAAAGUCCUGUGUGGUAGUCCAGGACUUGUGGAUUUUCUUGCUGGGCAAGUUACUUUUAAAGCUCACUUUCUUGCCCAACCCUUUAAGCCCCAAGAUCCACAUACAAAUUCUCCAGACUGAUCUCCAUACAUUUCUUUUAAGAAUAAUUGAGAGAAUUUGGUUUAAGAUCAAAGCAUUCUCCCUUUGGUAAUCAAUUUAGUAAUUCUCAUAACCUUUACUCUUGAUGAUCUGCUGAUGUUGUUAGGAGAAAAUUGAUGUUGGUCACUCUUGGGACCUAAAGGGUUAACUACAUCAUUAGCUAAGAUGAACAAGAAGAGGCCGGCCCCGGGCAAGCAAAAUGUGAGAGCUGCUUGCCCAGAGCACAAACUAAAAUUCAAGAUUUUUUUUUUUUCCAAGCCUUGGAAAUGUAAACUUGUGUUGCUCAAUGCAUUAACAUUAAUUUUCAGUAGACUUCUGCAUGGAUACCCUGGGUACCAGAGGUUUUUUCUCACGUGCGAUGAGGAGCUUCGUCGGCCACGGGCGAAGACUCGAGCGGCAAAGCUGCGAGAAAAAACCUCUGGCGCAGGUCACUUUUUAAGACUUAACCGAAACCAGAAACCACGCAUGAAAAGCCUCUGGCAUCCAGGAUACUGCAUGGAAGGCUAAUAUCUUCAAGUUACCAAUUUUUUUACUUUUGUAGGUUCUUCUGAAUGAUUUCUUCCUUGUGGCUUGUUUGGAUGACUUUAUUGAGAAUGCAAGAUUGUUUAUAUUUGAAACUUUCUGUAGAAUACACCAGUGCAUCAGUAUAAGGUAUAGAAACUCUUAAAUUAAGUACUGCAUCUUUCUCCAUGAUGCAUGAAUGCAGUCCAUCAUAAAUGCAUUCACUGCAAAUAGUUUGUAUGUCAUCCACUGACUUAGCUUUUUUCUGCCCAAAUGCUUUGUAUUUUAUUUUGUAAUAAUUUUAUUGCUAACAGCUUCCUUUUUUAUUCUCUUUUCAUGUGCUCAAAAAAUUUACUUCUCUGAAAUGUAGUAAACAUGAUGCUCGUCCUAUUUUUAAAUGUGCUAAACUAGCUGUCGUUUUGAUUGACAGCAUGCUUGCUGAAAAACUGAACAUGACUCCUGAGGAAGCUGAGAGGUGGAUUGUUAAUCUGAUCAGAAAUGCCAGACUUGAUGCAAAGAUUGACUCUAAACUAGUAAGAGAACUUUUCGUGUGGUAUAUUGCUGGUAGUUAUAAAAGUUUGAAAGUUACUUACCCCAAAAUUAAUAGCUGGAAAUUGUUUAUUUUCUUUUAUUGCAAAGUGAAGCAAGGUAAAUAAGCUUCCUAGGUGCUAAAGUGAGAGAAGGCUCUGAGAUUAUUCGCAGAAUUAAGGCCACUUUGUCGUUGCAGGGACUCUCAUUUGCGUUGCUUCAGUUCUAUUUACACCGGUUUCGCUUUUUGUCAAAGUUCGCCACCUACAGCGUACAUACAUACUGUACGCUUUCCGCUCUUCGAGGUCUAAUUAGUUUCGCGCAUGUGGCUUGAAGAACGAAGAAUAUUCACCCAAAAUGUUUUUCUUGGUCAAUUACAAACUUUACUUGAAGUGAUCGAAAUUUUUGUGCAAUUUCACUGCUUGAGUUCGUAUCGAAACGACUGAUUUCCCCUACACACUAGGCUCGCUGCCUUUUGGCAAAGUCCAAAACUUUCACUUUCGGAGAGGCAGGCUUACAAAGAACGAGAAAUAUAAAUGUUUUUUUUUCCUUGCGGGAUAAAGGAGUUAUUUUAUAUUGGAUGUAAUGUGUAGCAAACGUGUUGCGAACUAGGAUGUAGCGGUUUCCACAAGUAGCGUAGCCGGUUGUUACCUUUCCAAGGAUUUUAGGAUCAUUUGUUACAAGUUACAGUGAAGUGUCACCUUUAUAGGCUGUUUCUGCGUUUGCCACCUCAAUCCCUAUUUGAAAAGAAGUUUUAACGAAAUAUCGAUAUUUUAAGCAGGUUGGUAGCUCUUCCCAGCGAUGUCUUUGCCCUUGGGGUGGAGUCCUGAAAGGACGAGUCACCUUGCUAUGCUGAGUGGCUUGCUAAAAUAUCCCGCGCCAGAUUCUUAAGUUAACUCAUCGAAAGUGAAACCAAAACUUCUUGCAACCUCACAGUCGUUUUUACCGCCCUAGAAUUGGGCAAUAAGUUGCUACGGUUAUGUAUUGGUUUAUUUGUCGGUCAGCGUCUGCCGAUUGGCUGAAUAACUACCAAACUCAUUUGAAAACCGCUCCAUAUAACACGUGAUAAUCAGGAUUCUCUUACUUGUUGCCUUCAGGGUCACGUGGUCAUGGGAACCCAGGCCCCCUCUGUGUACCAACAAGUGAUUGAGAAAACCAAGGGCGUCAUGUCUCGCACGCAAGAGCUGGCACGUAACAUCGAAAAGAGGCUGAAUAUCGACAAGGCAGGCUAUGAAGUAAGUUAAUGUGCCUAUUGAUGCUAAUAAAGGGGUAUGCUACGGUUUCUGCAACCGAUGCCUGUCUCCUCCAGUGCAAUGUAUCCUUCAUUCUAUAUUUUGACCUCCUUUAAACCUCUUUUGAAUUUCCCUUGAAUCAGUCUCAAGAUAAUUUUAUAUGUUGCAAGUAAUGACUCAAAAUAUUUUGACAGAGCUCCUCUAGGAACAAUAGCUAUAAAGUGGAUUUAUGCCUGCUAUCUAUCUAUUUCGGGCGCACCCGCACUUAUUUUAUAAGUCUGUCCCAUUCCCGCCUGUUGGCCAUGACAGAUGUAAGUCAUGUAAGAUCAUGCCUCGAAACGCCGGUGUCACUCUCUAGUUGGCCAUUAAAGAUUUUUAGUAUUCCGUUCUUUUUUCCCUCCUACACUAAUCCGGGUAAAUGUGAAAACAAAAUGUGGCCAGAGAAAUCACAUGGUUAUCGUGACGUCAGCGUUUCCGAAACGUUCUUUUUAAAAUGUUGUCCAUUCACACUAAAAUUCAAGCGGGGUGUCAAUUUCAUCCACUUUGAAGAGCGUAUUCAAAAAGAGCCGUUUCCAGAUUAGGGUGGACGGUGGGCCUCGCCGUAAGAAUGGAGUUGUGUUGUCUGGUCUACCUGGUGUAGUGUAGGCAAGGCCCAAGACACCUUACUCGACAGUUUUCAUACUUGGCUCCGAGGCUUGGGGAAUAAAACAAAAGAAAUAUUGUUUUCAUCACUGAGCCAUGAAGAUGAUUUCUUUGUUUUAUUUGGAAUUGGUUUAUUGAUUAGCUUUGUCCCAUUGUUCUCGCAUGACACGUCCUUUUUUUCCAAAAGAAGAAAUCCUUGUUUGAAUUACAUGUGUCAAAAGCUUGUUGUGUUGAAACAAAUUUUAAUACUGAUUUUCACAGAAGUUUGGAUCGUAUUGAAGCCAUUUGUUUAUCAUUUAUUAAACAAAUGCACGCGCAAAACAGAAGCUAUCUUUUUGGCCAGUUCUAUAAUUUGCAUUGAUAUCUUGACACUGUUGGCUUAAAGUUGCGUCCAUUCCGUGCACAGCUUGUCAAACAGCAUUAAUAAUUUUCAUUUUUAAGAAUUUUAUCAACAUUUGGUCAACAAAUGUUUGACGUUUACUAAACAAAAAUUGAAAGUGUUCCAACAAGUCUUACAAAAACAUUUUUUGUUUUUUUUGUUGUUGUUGUUGUUGUUUUUUUACCGUCGAAGCACCUAGGAGUUCUUGAGAACUCGUUGAAACGUGUCCGUGCGUUCCAGAUGGAAUUAGAAUUUGAGAAAAUGUUGCUUUUUGAGGAGAGGGAAAAACCGGAAUACCCGGAGAAAAACCUCUCCAGGCGAGGGCGAGAACCAAGAUCGAGUCAGAUACGACCGCACACAAUCAUUAUAAUUUUAUUCGACUUUGAGCUCGUUAUCUCCUUCAAUCCUCAAAAUGAAUCAACAUAUGUGUAUAAUCCCAUCUUAUUUAUUUUUUUAGGGUCCUUGGGACGCAUACGACCCUUCUGGAUUCUUCAAGCAUUGAAACAUGCCCUUUGAAAAAAAAAAAACGUUAACUAAUUCCAUGAGGGUUGCCAAGUUGAGUGACCUGUGACACUACUCAUAAAUUCCAUCCAAGUCAGAGAUAUUUAUUUUGAAUAAGCAGAUGCACCGGCCAUGUAGGCUUAGUUUCUGUGAAUGACAAGUAGUUAUUAUAUAGCUUAAACUAUCAAAUUUUUCUGGGUUUUUUCAGUUUUAACUUCUCAUGAUUUUCUGGCAAAAAAGCCAGAUGAGUGACAGACCACUGUUCUAGUCUCCUCUGUAACGCCAUCGUUGUUCCGACCUAGCCAAAUGCUUGUUUGCAUGGUACCUUAAACUGAGACAUGAGUGUUAAAAAAUAGAUGAUAAUAAUAGCAGAAAGGAAUAAACUGCAAGCGAACAUCUUGUGUAAGAAUCUUGCUGUUAGUUUGAACUCCUGAAUGAGUUUGAAUUUUCUGUGCAGUUUAUUUACAGACUCUCACCCCACUUUUCCUUUUUGAGGGGAAGGGGCGGCUGUACACUGGCUAAAGCACUAGCCUGACCCUUUUCCUUCCUUUUCCUCGGGAUUUUUCCACCGUUUCCCCAAACAGAGAGCCUGUUCACAGGCUACUAAUGCACCGCAUGCCAUCACCGAAAAAGAAGUGCGUUAUCAAAAGGUCAAGCUGUCAAGAAUGUACAUGUACCAGUAUUAUUAUUUAUCUCCCAUUUGAAUGAGUUUCACCCAAAGACUCAAACCACACCAGAAGCCAGGAAAAUUAUUAACUUGAAGAUAUCAUUAUCCACGUGUUACUUAAUAAAGAAUCCGAAUGGGUCGUUGCCUUCUUUAUGUAGAACCUGUACUGUGUUUUUGCCUUUAAAAAAAGCUGUGUGCGCGAAAAACCUGUUUCAGUUGCUUAAAU